AUCGGGAGCCGACGGGGGCGCCGGCGAGCGCGGCGCGUUUGAUCUCCCCACUUACUGCAGCGCAAGCGUACUGCAAGAUAACGUACGCACACAGGCUCAGAAACGUCCGCGCGCUCUCGCAAGCUGGUUGUCAGUUAACCGGUUUGUGUCGAGGUACAGUGACACCAGUGUUGUGUUGUGUUUGUGGAAAUGGAAGACAAGCCGUACAGUGUUGACAGUUCAGACGAUAUCAAUAUAGAGGAGGAGGACGAACACGUCGAACAGAAUCAUAGUUACCCACCAGACUUUCCCAUCGAGGCUCUGGUAAAACUAGAGCGUCCGUCGCCUCCGUUGCCGACGCCGCCGCACACGCCCACGGACGACACGCCCCCAGCCGUGGUCAUCUCGCGGCACCAGCCCGCGUGGGCACCCGCACCCCAGCACUACCCCGCGUACACUCGCCCCAUGCAGUCGCCAUACCCCUACGAGAAGCCCUACACACACCCGGCCAUGUCCGCGUAUGUGCAGGCACAAGUGGCAACCCUACCGCCUUCAGCGCCGUACCACGCGAUGAUCGUCAACCAGUGGAUCAGAAAUGCCGCGCUGUACCAUCAUUCGCUGCGUUAUCCUGGAGUUAUGGCCCAAAGAAUGCCAGGAAGGAACCCUCCGCCUAUGAGGGCGCCCGGCGUGCCAGGCGGCAGGCCGAAGAAACAGUUCAUUUGCAAAUACUGCAACCGCCAGUUCACCAAGUCGUACAAUCUUCUCAUUCACGAAAGGACUCACACCGAUGAGCGGCCUUACUCUUGCGACAUCUGCGGAAAGGCCUUUAGGAGACAAGACCACCUCAGAGAUCAUAGGUACAUCCAUUCUAAGGAGAAGCCGUUCAAGUGUACCGAAUGUGGGAAAGGCUUUUGUCAGUCCAGGACAUUGGCCGUGCAUAAGAUUUUGCACAUGGAAGAAUCUCCCCACAAAUGCCCGGUUUGCAACAAGAGUUUCAACCAAAGAUCGAACCUGAAGACGCACUUAUUGACGCAUAGUGAUGCGAAUAAGCAGCACUUAGAUCACCUGGAAGGUUGCCAGGAGGUGUCAUCGACGAGUCAGUCUGAAAGUUCGUUACUAGACCUUUCCCAGAAGCCGUCGCCUCCGCUGCCGCAGCAUCAACCUCUUGCCAGUCCGCACCAGUCACCCGUUGAGGCUCCAAAGAGAACAUUAGGCUUUUCGAUAGAGGAUAUUAUGAAACGAUAAUUUUAAUGUAGUUUUAAGCUUGUAAAUAUAACUUAUUUGCUCUCGUUGUUAAGGCCGAAUACUUUGGCCAUGAGAGUUUUUUUUAUUUGCCAAAGAAAUUUCUUGGACUGAUUAGUAAGUUUCUUUAUCUGUGUGCUUCUGUUUUUCCUUAAUUUAUUUCUUUUGUAAUGGAAUAGGCUGUCAUGUCAUUGAUAAAGCCCAGUCAUCAGUAGCACUAUGAUUCACUAUUGCAUCAUCAUCAAUUGUAUCUGGAAUCUUAACUAGGAAAGACUGAGAUUUGUUUUUAAUUAUUGUUAUGUUUGUUUAUAAGAGGUUUAUUUAUUGUGAUAGUCCGUAAUCCUAAGUUUGGUUUAACUAAAGUUACCGCGAAGUAUUAAUUAAUAUAAGAUCAGUUCCAAAUUGCAUGGCUAUGACUUCAUCCUGACCAUUUAUAAUUUAAGUUAAAUUAAUUGUAAUUAUGUAAAUUCUUGUAAAUAAACGUCACCAAAUAGUUGUUAAGCUGAAGAGGCUAGUUGUAAAAAAUAAAAACUAAUCAAUGAAAAAGAAAAUUGAAUUUAAA